UAAAAACUAUGAAAGAGGUGUAGCCAGAGGCCGUGAGUCAGCUGCUGCCAGACGAGUUAACAUGGCGGCUCUCAGUGCUCCUGUCCGUGUCUCCCCACUUAUUAAGUUUGGUCGAUGGGCUGCCCUCUUGACUGGUGUCCUGUAUGGACGAAGCCACUUUAAGUCUCUAAGUGCAAAGGAGGUAAUAAUUAGAGAAGAAGAAGGCAAGCAGGCUGUUGUCAGAAAUGUUCAACUUGCGGAGGAAAAGGCUAAGUUUACACGAGGUGAGAUGAUCUACUUGGCAGAACAGGCUGGGGUCAAAGUUCCACCAAACUUCUAACUGGGUAGUACAGUAUUCAUUCAGAAACCCUAGUUUUUUCUUUUUUCAUUGUUGUUCUACAAAUGUAUAGAACUAUAAUCCAAUGGCAAAAUAUGUAUAAAGUGUAACUUUAAUAAAUAAAUUAUAAUCUAUGUA